AUGCGACCAUACGGAGUUCCGUGCACCUUUGCACUGUCGAUCGCGACGGCGUUGCUUUUGGCAGCUACCACGGACGGUAUCGAAAUAAGGCACACCGACAACAAUGCUGAAAAUAUAGCUGCUAGAAGACGGGCGAGCAACGAAAACAUAAGUCCCGACGAAAACAACAAGCAGUUUUGGUACGAUGCCGGAAACAAUCUUCUGCGGAAGAAAUUGAAUUUGGAACGGCAGUAUGGAGUGGCCAAGAACGUGAUUUUCUUCAUCGGCGAUGGUAUGUCAAUAGCCACUUUGACCUCAGCCAGAAUUUACAUGGGACAGACCAAAAAUAAUACAGGAAGCGAAAAGGAAAUGUUGUCAUUUGAGAAGUUCCCGUUUACCGGUCUGUCGAAAACCUACUGCGUGGACAGCCAGGUGGCCGACUCGGCAUGCUCGGCCACUGCGUAUCUGACGGGCGUAAAGGGCAACAUCGAGACCAUAGGCGUGUCCGGCACCGUGACCAACAGGGACUGCAUGGCCAGCAACGAACCCGCGAACCAAGCGGUGUCCAGCAUGCGGUGGGCUCAAAGGGCCGGUAAGAGGACGGGCGUGGUGUCCAACAUGAGGGUGACUCACGCCACGCCGGCCGGCGCUUACGCCAAUGUGGCACAACGUGACUGGGAAUGCGACAAUGACGUGUUUAUUGACGAAUUAGCCGACAAAUCGUGCAGGACACAACCGGACAUCGCCCGUCAGCUGAUCGAGAGGGAAACGGGCCGAAACCUGAACGUAAUAAUGGGGGGUGGAAGGGCAAAGUUUUUUCCCAAUACUGACAAAGAUCAACAAAACCUUAAAGGACAAAGGCGUGACGGCAGAGAUUUGAUUAAGGAAUGGUUAGAGAUAGAUCGUACUUCUGGGGCAAGUAGUGCUUAUGUUACCGACCGAUCCCAACUGAAGUCUAUGAAUACCAGCGAAACGGAUUAUCUUCUCGGUCUGUUUGCAUCCAGUCAUAUGUCCUACAACUUAUUAGCCAACAAGACCCAGGAACCCACGUUGGUGGAAAUGACGGAGGCAGCCAUCGAGGUGUUGUCCAAAGGUGACGCCGGUUACUAUCUGUUCGUCGAGGGCGGACUCAUCGACUGGGCCCACCACAGUAACAUGGCGCAGCUGGCUCUCGAUGAGGCUGUAAUGUUGUCGAAGGCAGUGGGACGGGCUGCCGAGUUAACGUCCCGGGAAGACACUCUGAUCGUGGUCACGUCCGACCACUCGCAUACCAUGUCCAUCAACGGUUACCCGCACCGUGGUAGCGACAUUCUGGGACACCCAAAGAUCGCCGUCACCGACAAUAUGCCAUACUCGACGCUCAGCUACGCCAACGGUCCGUCUUACAAAGCACGGUACAAUUUGAGCGACGACAAAACGGAUGAACCCGAAUACCAAUUCCCAUCGAUGUUAAACUUGACGUGGGAGACACACGGCGGUGACGACGUGGCGGUCUUCGCUUCAGGCCCGUGGGCCCACCUGUUCGUUGGCAACUACGAACAGAACUACAUACCACACGCGAUAAGCUACGCAGCCCGAAUGGGGCCUGGGGCUGAAAUCGAACGGAAACACGAGGCCGAUUCGUCGAGCGAGAAGAUUUUCGUCAGUUCAUCGCUGGCUGCAUUCAUGACACUAGUCGCGCUUCUACUUCGGUAA